AUCCAUUUGUCAUGUGUGUACUCCAUCCUUAUAUAUAGACAGUGUCAAUCAGUGUAUACUUCAUCCUUAAAUCACUUCUCCAUCUCAAUUUCCUCUAAGAGGAAAUUGGAUUUCUGAAAGAAUUUUCAAAAUUGAAGGGUGUCAUCAGACAAGAUGAAGCAGAUCACCCUUUUUCCUCUAGUUUUUCUUGGAAUUUUGGCUUGCUGGAAUGCACUCUCAGUUAUUGCAGAAGAUCCCUAUAUGUUUUUCACAUGGGAAAUUACUUAUGGAACAAUUUCUCCUCUUGGUGUUCCUCAACAGGGGAUUCUUAUCAAUGGUCAAUUUCCAGGCCCUACAAUUGAAGCCGUCACUAAUGACAAUAUCGUUAUCAAUGUCACCAACAAGCUGGAUGAAAAAUUCCUCAUAACAUGGAGUGGUAUAAAACAGAGAAAGACAUCAUGGCAAGAUGGAGUUAUGGGAACAAAUUGUCCAAUCCCUCCAAAUACCAACUGGACAUACAAGUUCCAAGUUAAAGAUCAAAUUGGAACCUUCCAAUAUUUCCCAUCAUACAAAAUUCACAAAGCUGCUGGUGCUUUUGGGGGUUUCAACAUUAACCAAAGGUCUGUGAUUUCCAUCCCAUAUCCUAUUCCUGAUGGAGAUUUCACCCUGCUUAUUGGUGAUUGGUACAAGACUGACCACAAGGUACUGAGGAGACUAUUGGAUAUUGGCAGGAGUCUUCCUUUUCCUGAUGCUCUUCUCAUAAAUGGCCUUAGAGAUGGUGCUGUAUUUACAGGGGAAGCAGGUAAAACAUACAAGUUCAGGGUUUCCAAUGUUGGGCUAGCAACCUCAAUUAACUUCAGGAUUCAGGGCCAUUCUUUGACACUCAUUGAAGUUGAAGGUGCUCACACAUUACAGCAAUCAUAUGAGUCUCUCGACGUCCAUGUGGGCCAAUCAGUGACAGUUUUGGUCACACUAAGUGGGUCAGUCAGUGACUAUUAUAUUGUUGCAUCUACUCGUUUCACAGACCCUAUUCUCAGUAUCACAGGAACCCUUCGAUAUGUGGGCUCCAACAGUAAGGCCUCAGGCCCAUUACCCAUUGGCCCAGCUGAUGGCAUAGAAUGGUCCAUGAAGCAAGCCAGGAGUAUCAGACUGAAUUUGACAGCAAAUGCAGCUCGUCCAAACCCUCAGGGAUCCUUCCACUACGGAACCAUCCCUAUUACAAGGACACUUGUAUUGGCCAAUUCUAAAACCUUAUUGAAUGGAAAGGUACGAUAUGCAGUGAACGGAAUUUCAUACGUCAAUCCAAGCACCCCAUUGAAGCUUGCUGAUUGGUUCAACAUUUCCGGCGUGUUCGAUUUCAGCACAAUCACAGAUGUUCCUCCUCCUCCCGGCACCCCUGCCAAACUCGGCACCUCCGUCGUGGCUAUCAACCUCCAUGACUUUGUAGAGAUCAUUUUCCAGAACAAUGAAAACACUAUCCAGUCAUGGCACAUGGAUGGAUCUAGCUUCUAUGUUGUUGGAUAUGACAUUGGCAUCUGGACACCUGAUUUGAGAAAGAAUUACAACUUGGCUGAUGCUGUUUCACGACACACUGUCCAGGUGUAUCCAAACUCUUGGAGUGCCAUAUUGGUGUCUUUGGACAACAAGGGUAUGUGGAAUUUGAGGUCUGCAAUAUGGGAAAACAGAUAUUUGGGACAAGAGUUGUAUCUUAGGGUCUGGAAUGAUGAACGCAGCCUAUUCACUGAGAAUAGUAUCCCUCUCAAUGCUCUGAUGUGCGGCAGGGCUAAACAUGUGCCCAGGUUGAAGCCAUAAGAAUCAUAAGGGAUUAUUAUAUCUGAUUAUUGACACAAGUUGUGACUCUGCAUUUUCUCCCCUUUUUUUUUACCAUUCUUAUCAUUAUUUUAGUUUGGAAGUUCAGUUACGAGGGUGUGACUGGCUAGCAAAGUUUACACACACAGCAGAUUUGUUCCCAUAAUAAGGGUCAUUAAGGAAAGUUGCUAAUUAAUUUGCAGUUGUAAUGUUAUUAUAUCUUGUGAUCAUAAUGAAACAAUAGUUUUUGUCA